GCCGGGGCGGGCCCGGGCGGGCGCUGUGGCGGAGGAGCCGCCGCCAUUUCGGUGUCGCUGGGAGCGGGGCCGCGGCAGCGGCGAGGGGGCGGCGAUGGAACCCGGAGCCCGCCCGGGGGGCGGCGGAGCCCCGGGACAGUCCCGCGAGUACAAACUGGUGAUGCUGGGCGCGGGAGGCGUCGGCAAGAGCGCCAUGACCAUGCAAUUCAUCAGUCACCGGUUCCCAGAGGACCACGAUCCCACCAUUGAGGAUGCCUAUAAAAUCCGGAUACGCAUCGAUGAUGAACCUGCCAACCUGGAUAUUUUGGACACAGCAGGACAGGCCGAGUUCACAGCCAUGAGGGACCAGUACAUGAGGGCUGGUGAGGGUUUCAUCAUCUGCUACUCCAUCACUGACCGGCGCAGCUUCCACGAGGUGCGCGAGUUCAAGCAGCUCAUUUACCGCGUGCGCCGCACCGAUGACACCCCCGUGGUGCUGGUGGGCAACAAGUCCGACCUCACCCAGCUGCGCCAGGUGUCCAAAGAGGAGGGCUCUGCCUUGGCUCGGGAAUUCAACUGCCCCUUCUUUGAGACCUCGGCCGCCUUCCGCUACUACAUCGACGACGUGUUCCACGCGCUGGUGCGCGAGAUCCGCAGGAAGGAGAAGGAGGCUGUCAUGGCCAUGGAGAAGAAAUCCAAGCCCAAAAGCAGCGUCUGGAAAAGACUCAAGUCCCCCUUUCGGAGGAAGAAGGAUUCUGUCACUUGAACAGAAAAUUUUUCUGCAAAACAGGACAAAAGCUGUGACCUUUUGUAAGCAAAGCAGCUCGGUGACAAGGCUGACAGGAUGUGUGACACCCGAGGGACUUUGCGAGGGAGUGCGUAGCUCUGCCAGUUGUUUUUGUUUAGAGACGUGUUGCCUUGAUUCUGGGUGUUGAACUUCACACCCAGUGACAGUUGUACUUUGUUUGUUGUCAUUUUUUUACUGGACCCAGCACUUGUUGGCCACCAAGGCCGAUGGGUUCGUGGCCCUGCACUUUGGAGUGUUUGUCCUUGGUCACAGCGCCCUGGAACUGUGCAGAGCUGGAGCUGGACCUCUCUGAAUCCAUGUUGUUUGCACAGGAGGAUUUUGCUGCUCUCCAUAACAACAAUCCACAGUGUGAGGGCUUGAACAGGAGUUCACAAAGUGUCCUGGCCUUGGAGGUCACCGAGCAGAGCCAGGCUGGACUUGUGCCCUCAUGGAACAGAUUUCUUUCCAGGAAAAUCGCCGUGGAAUGCUUGUGUGCAAGUUCAUCCAAGUGAUCAGUUCACCAGCAGUGCUGUAGGUGGGAUGUAAACAAGGCAGAAUCACAGAAAUCAUUCCCAGAUCACCUCUGGGAUCAUCGAGUCCAACCUGUGACCCAGCACCACCCAGAGCAGAGCACUCAGUGCCACGUGCAGUCCUUGAAACACCUCCAGGGACAGUGACUCCACCACCUCCUGAGCAGCCCCUUCCAAAUUCCAUCCCCCUUUGUCACGAAGGUUCCUGUGGCAGCUGUGACUUGGCAGCAGUGCAGGAACCUGUGGGAUUUUCCUGCUGCAGACAGGACACAUGGAGCGUGAUGUGCUGGGAAAUCACAGCUUGGAGCUCCCUGGCUUGGUGCAAACCCUGGGGAACGGAGCACUGGCUUGUUCAGCCAGGUUUGUGUCAUCCUAAGGGCAGCAGUGACUCUGGGGAGUGUGAGUCCCUGGCAGUCAUUCCCAGCUAUUCUCUGGGAAUUGUUUUGCAGAGAAAACGGCUGAUGCUGAGCUUCUGUGCCCAGAGCUGGCAUUCCCUGAUCCUGCUGAGGCUCUCCCUGGAGCAGAGCAGGGAAAGCCAGGCCCAGCAGCUCCUCCCCUCGCUGGCCUCACCUGUGCAGGUGAUCCAGGCAGGGCUGGGGCAGUUCCUGAUGCUCAUAAAGAACAAUUCACUUGGGAGGCUGAUCCUCCACACAUGGAUGGACUCCUUGCCCUCCAGCUGACUGAUUUUACAGCAGUUUUGUGACCAGGUGCCUGGUGCUCCUCUGGAUUUUGCUGUUUAACAACAGGACAAAUCUGAUUUUACAGCAGUUUUGGGACCAGGUGCCUGGUGCUCCUCUGGAUUUUGCUGUUUAACAGGACAAAUCUGAUUUUACAGCAGUUUUGGGACCUGGUGCCUGGUGCUCCUCUGGAUUUUGCUGUUUAACAACAGGACAAAUCACAUCUGGGGAACUCAGAGCUGGUUAAAAGCAGUUUCUCUGACCCAAGUGCCUGGAACCCUUCAGUGUGAAAGAGCUGAUUUCAGUGAUCUUCCUGUCAGAUCUGUGUGUCAGUCUGUGCUGCACAGGACACAGAAAACCCAGGUGUAAAAAGAUUGGUUAAGGAAGUGAGGAUAAAAUAUAUAUAUAUAUAUAAAAAUAUGUAAAAACCUCCCUAUUACCUAAGAUAGAACUGGAAAUCCUGUGCCUGUUGCUUUGAAGAGUAUUUUCCUUGUGGAAGAUUUAAACAAAUGAGAAGCUGCAUUUUACAUUUGCUUUGUGAUGAGCUGAACAUUUAAUCUGGUUUCCAUUUCUCAUCUCCUCCCAGUGCUACUCUGCUCUGGCAGCAAUCACAGAAUCCCAAGAUGGGCUUGGAAAAGGCUGAGAAUUGAGAUUAUUGAGAAUUUCAGACUCUUCCACGUUCCUGUGUGAGCAGCCACGUGUGUCCCUUCACUGAUUUCUCAUUGUUGGAUUAAAGCUGUCUAAAACUCAGAUAAAAUCUCCACCUGGCCAAAGACUGAGGAAGAGGAGGAGGAACGAGCUAAAAAGUGGCUCCAAAGCAUUUUUGGGGCUGCUCAGGUGUUUGAGAGCCAGGGCCUGACGGUGAUGAUGCAUUUUCCAGUGUUUUUCCUUAAAAUCUCCAUCAGCUCUCAGCUGAAGGAGCCUGGCAGAGGUGCUGAACGCUGUACAGGAAUAUUUCCACCCCAAAAAAACUGAAUUCUGUGCCUUACCUGAGUCCUGCAGUGCAGUUUAGGUGUUUACUAAAGCCUGUUGCUUCUAGAACUCGUAGAGCAAAACAGCAGCCAGCACUUUUUGUUUGUUUUCUUUUUUUACACAGUGUUAUUCAAAGAGUUUUAUUUUUUGUCACAUAUAAAUUUGUACACAGAACAUUUGUUUUAUUUGACACAAUAUAUAUAAUUUUUAAUACAAACCUUUGCAUUGGAGGUGUCAAUCUGUGGUGGGGUUGUUCAGCCUGGGAGUGCUGAAGGAGGGAAGUUCAUGGUGUGCUUGUAAAUUUGGGAUAUUCUUCCUUUGUGUGGAAAAAAUGAGUUGGUUUGUGGCAUUUAAGUGGUGAAAAGCCUAAAAAUUCUGUGAGUCUGGUGUUAAAUUGUUGAAAUAUGAAGAUUUUCCAGCUGU